GCUGUCCCGAGGCCGGAAGCGGAACCGCGGAGGGCUGCGGCGACCCUGGUGGCGGGGUAGAGCGGAGAGAACGGCGGUGGCGGAGGACGAGCCAGCAUCAUGGCGCCGGGCCGGGCCGGGCCUGACCCGGCGCUGAGGGCACCGGGCAAUCCGCCCCGUCUUCCUCCCGUGGCCGUCCCCGAACUCCACUGAGCCAUGGGGGAGAACAGCCCGCGGAAUGUCAUCUACUACGAGGUGGAGGAAGACGACCUGGCUGGAGAGGACAAACUGAUGAGGUUCGAUGACCAGAAUGGCCUGGCCUCGCCUUCCUCCCGGACAAUCUACGACAGGACGACCGUCCUCAUUGAGCACGACCAGGAGCCGUUGGAGGAGGAGGAGGAGGAGGAGGAAGAAGAAGAAGAGGAAGGGCAAGGCGGGCAUCUCCUGCCUUUCUUACACGACGAUAGAUUUCAUUUGAUGGCCGAUCCUGAAGGCAUGUCCCAGGGCUACGUGCAGCACAUUAUUUCGCCAGAUCAGAUCCAUUUGACCAUCCAUCCUGGAUCCACUCCCAUGCCCCGGAACAUUGAGGGGGCCACCCUCACUCUGCAGUCAGAGUGCCCUGAAACCAAGCUUAAAGAAGUGAAGCGCUACCAGUGCACAUUUGAGGGCUGCCCUCGUACCUACAGCACUGCGGGCAACCUGCGCACCCACCAGAAGACCCACCGCGGGGAAUACACCUUUGUGUGCAAUCAGGAGGGCUGUGGGAAGGCCUUUCUGACAUCCUACAGCCUGAAAAUCCAUGUCCGGGUGCACACCAAGGAGAAGCCCUUUGAGUGUGAUGUUCAAGGUUGUGAAAAAGCCUUCAAUACACUGUACAGGUUAAAAGCCCAUCAGAGGCUUCACACGGGGAAAACAUUUAACUGUGAAUCAGAAGGUUGCAGCAAGUACUUUACCACCCUCAGCGAUCUGCGGAAACACAUUCGGACUCACACUGGAGAGAAGCCAUUCAGAUGUGGCCAUGAUGGCUGUGGGAAAGCCUUCGCAGUUAGUCAUCAUCUGAAGACACAUGUCAGGACACACACUGGUGAAAGACCUUUCUUUUGUCCCAGCAAUGGGUGUGAAAAGGCCUUUAGCACGCAAUAUAGCCUCAAAAGUCACAUGAAAGGACACGAAAAAGGAUCCUCAUACACUUUAUUCUCCAACAACAACCUCUCCGAGGAUACACACCACUCAUUCUGCCUGAGCGACUUAAGCCUUAUGUCCACAGAUUCAGAACUGCGGGAUAAUUCAGAUCCAGCACAUGGACCAGACCUGAGUACAAUCUCACCAGCAAGCAUCUUCGAGUCCAUGUUCCAGAGCCCGGAGCUUCCUCCAAAUCAGGAAGAUUCUCAGCACACAGAUGCCUUGAUGGGAGAUUUUGAUACCAAGCCAGUUCUAGCAGCCCAGCCAGCACCAGGAGAGACUGUGCCCUUAUCUCUGCCGCUUGUUCUCCAGCUUGGCAUCUCUGAGCCUUCCCCCCAAGCACUGCCUCCUGCCUCUGCGGGUGCCCAGCCAGCAGCGUACAGCACCCCUGCCGUUCUCCUGCAGCCUCCAGAAGUGCCUCCUUUGAACAGCACGCUUUUGGCAGCCAAUCCCCAGGGCUUCCUGCACCACCUGCAGCGCUCUGCGCAGCCCGUGGGGGCUGGGCUUCCUGGGGUCUCGGAGGUCCCCUCUGGGCCAGCAGCGGGUGCCCCUGAGGUCCUGCCCGGCAGAGUUCAGACUGCGCCCGUGGGAGGAAAGCCUGCACCGCCCAGCAAUCCCAGGGUUACCAUCGCCCCCUCCCAAAACCCAGCCAUUUUUCAGUCCGGCAUCAUCAUGGGAGAACAAAACCUCCAGUGGAUUUUAAAUGGCGCCACCGGGACGCUGCAGAGCCAAGAGCAAAUGCCACAGGCUCCUGUUGUAGAGAAGGUCUUCUUCACAACUGCUCUCCCUGUAGCUGGCAGUGCAGGGAGUCCCGUGCAGCAGAUUGGCCUGAGCGUGCCUGUGAUCAUCAUCAAGCAGGAAGAGGUGUGCCAGUGCCAGUGCGCCUGCCGAGACACGAGCAAGGAUUAAGCUGGCAGCAAAGACUCUCCCUCCCUCGUCUCCAAGACCUCGGGGAACCCCCCGGCCCCGGAGCCACAGGGCUUGCCCAGGACGGUGCCCAGUACAUCCGCUGCUGCUGCCGCCGCCGCUGCUGCUGGCUGUUCGUCCGCGUUGCCUCCUGCUGGCCAGCAGACUACCCUCCUGGGACACCUGCCCGGCCCCCCAAAGCAGUCCCUAAGUGCCAUGGAGGCCUCCCGCUUUCUUUCCCUCCAGAGCCUGGAGACGGCCUCUCCUCUCGUUCCCCUUGAGCCACUCUCGCAAGGGGAGGAGGGACUUGCCUUGGGCAGCAGCUUUCCUUAGCGAAGCCCUGGAGAGCAACAGCUGAGAUGGAGGAGGGCCAGCUGCCCCGGAGAGUGUGACGGGAUCCCCUUUUCCCCAAGAGGAGACGCAGCCCCGCCGGCUCUGCUCAAUGUGAGCCUAGGAAUCGGUCACUUGGGCAGGCGGGCUGCGCCUGGCUUUCAAGGAGGGUGGAGUGGAGUACUUCUAGGCUUCUAGGGGCUGGUUCGGGGUAGGUGCCCUGUAAGUAGGGAGGGGAAAGAAGUCAACGUUGGUGUGAUAACGGAGACAGUCGGGGGGGGGGGACCUCUCCCUAGCAGCAGAAGGAAAGAGGAGUGGGGAUGCCCUCGCGGCUUCGUCUUGUUUGCUAGCUAUAGAAAGCAAGCAGCGGGCGUCACGAUCAGACUUUGCACAUGAGCACAAGGGCUGCUGGCUCUUUCAUCUUACCUUUCUGCCCUUCUUGGCAACCAAGUGCACUGCCUGGGUGUUUACAUGAAUUCAGGGGCUAAAAGGAUUUGCACUGUUCAGCUUUAUCAGAAUGACUCUCUCGGCACAGAGCAGCUCUUGCCUAGAAAACGUUUCUCUCCGAUUGGCUGGCUUUAGGGGGCUCAGAGAGGCGCUCGGGGGUCUCGCUGUCGGUCCAGUGGAGACCGGGGAGCAAUCCAGCUUGGUCUGGCAAAGCAGACUCCCCUUCCUUCAGCGGACAAUUGGGGUGCAGUGAGACAGCUGACCUGCCCCACAGGGGAAGGGGGCCUUUUCUCUCUUAACUUAACUCAGGGUAAAAUCCCAGCAUAGAAUGCCUGGAAGGUUUUGGGAAGACUCCUUUCUAAAGUUUUGUACAACGUUUUUAUUUUGUCACAUCCACUGUGCUUGGAUUUUUCUAGUAAUCCUCUUGUUCCUAGGACAAGCGAUCGUUGCUUAGGAUGCCUGUCCAAGAGCUUUUUCUCAAGCUGAGAGGCAGGCAGGAUGGCCAAAAAGCAAAGGUGGAGGAAGUGGAGGUGACUGCAAGGCCCCUUGCAGGUUCCCAGCGCUGCUGCAGGAGAGGGACUGGGUAGCUGGUUGCUGUUCCUCUGUGAGUAUCUGCAGUCCAUGGGCAUUUCUCAUGCUCCGCUUCCUCCUAAGUUAAACACAGACAAGAACCUCCUGAAUCUUCCCAUGUGCCUGUGAGGCUUGUGUAGUUAAGGUGCUUCUUGUUGACUUUGCAGAACUACUCUACUCUCAGUUGGGGUGGGGUUUAGACUAGCGCAGUGUUUCUCAAC